GUGUGUAAGUGUGUAAUCUUACUCUGUGGUGUGAUUGUAGCUGUCAGAUAAAUACAGUGCAGUACACAGCAUAAGGAGUGUAAAAUGAAAUAAUUCCAUUCGCCUUCCGAGACAAAUAAACUAUAACAUCGUCUGCGUAAAGCUUUAGAAUGCACCAUAAGACCAAAUUCACUGCUGUACAAUGUAUUCAUUGUUGUUCUCCAAAUAUUUAACCGUCACAUGUUGAGAUGUUUAGAGGACAUAGAUAAAGGUGUACAUAAAAUGUUAUUUAGCUGGUAGAAGUGUGUGAAAAAUAUCUUGUAGUAAAGGGUAGGAUAUGGUUUACAGACUUUGGCAUUGACAGGAUUUUUCCCACACUGUUUUAUGUAAUACUAACACGUACAACUCAGAGUGAGUCAUGUAGGUGCUGGAGAUGAAUACAACAGGUAGGCGGAGAGUCAGACGGAGGGAGGAAGUGGUGAAGAUGCUCUACAGUCGCUGCAGCACUUUGCUUCUCAUUUAACCACCGUCAGUCUGCCACAGAGUUUAUAUCGCAGAGUGGAUUGGUGAUGUUUUACUGACCUGCACUGACCAGUGAUCAGCAUGUUUAUUCAGGAGCAGCAAACCUGGAAAAUGCAGUUCCUCUGAAGCCCAUUCAGGGUCAAUCACUGCGUCUGCCCGUUCAUCACUGAGGGGAAAAAAGGAACCUAAUCAGCCUCAGGAGGAAGGACAGCCGAGCUUCCCUCUAAUCAACUUCUCUCUGCCCAAAAGAUGUCAACAGCCACUGUCGACAGUGUAGGAAGAGGAACCAAAGCCUCUAAAGCAUCAAAGGAUCAUAAAAAGCCCACAGCAGCUGCUCUGAAAGGAGCCAUCCAGCUGGGCAUCGGUUACGCCGUGGGAAACCUGAGCUCCAAACCAGACAGAGAUGUUCUCAUGCAGGACUUCUCUGUGGUAGAGACCGUCUUCCUGCCCAGUGAGGGAAGCAACCUGACUCCUGCACAUCACUUCCCUGAUUUCCGUCUGAAAACUUACGCCCCGCUGGCUUUUCGUUACUUCAGGGAGCUCUUUGGCAUCAAACCAGACGACUAUCUGUACUCCAUCUGUAACGAGCCCCUGAUCGAGCUGUCCAACCCCGGAGCCAGCAGUUCCUGGUUCUACCUCACCAGCGACGAUGAGUUCAUCAUCAAGACGGUGCAGCAUAAAGAGGCCGAGUUCCUGCAGAAGCUGCUUCCUGGUUACUACAUGAAUCUGAAUCAGAACCCGAGGACGUUGCUGCCCAAGUUCUACGGCCUCUACUGCAUCCAGUGUGGCGGCGUCACCAUCCGAGUGGUGGUGAUGAACAACGUUCUGCCACGAGCCAUGAAGAUGCACUACAAGUACGACCUGAAGGGUUCUUCGUACAAACGCCGCGCUUCACGUAAAGAACGAGUCAAACCCUGUCCAACAUUUAAAGACCUGGACUUCCAGGAGAUGCAUGAGGGGCUGCACUUCGACCUGGACACCUACAACGCCUUGAUGAAGACCCUGCAGAGGGACUGUCGGGUGCUGGAGAGCUUCAAGAUCAUGGACUACAGCCUCCUGCUGGGGAUUCAUAUUCUGGAUCGGAAGCCACUGGUCAGAGGAAACCGGUGUGACAGCAGGAAAGGACAGAAAGUUCUUUACUCCACGGCCCUCGAGUCCAUCCAGGGCAGCGUGAAGGACCCAGAACCAGUGGCCGACGAUGAUACAUUGGGUGGAAUUCCUGCCAAACAUAAAGAUGAGAGUCUGCUCAUCUUCUUAGGAAUUAUCGACAUCCUUCAGUCUUACAGGUUCAUUAAGAAGGUGGAGCAUUCCUGGAAGGCUCUCGUACACGAUGGGGUGAGUAAAUGUCACUUUUUUCUUUAUCUGCUGCUUUUUACUGCCAAUAUACAUGUGAAUAUUUGUGUACAUCUGAUGGAUUUCUUUGUAUUUCAGGACACAGUGUCAGUUCAUAGACCCAGUUUUUAUGCAGACAGAUUUCUGAAAUUCAUGGGCUCAACUGUUUUCAAAAAGAUUCAUCCUUUAAGAGGAACAUCUUCAAAGAGGAAGAGGAAUUCCCUCCAUGCAUCAAAGUCGGCCUCUCAGGAGAUUCUGUCGCCACAGACAGACAAGAAGGACGAGAAGAAGGCCCAAAGCAUGGAGAACCUGGACGGAAACCCAGGCUACACUUCCUUCAAACAACCAGACCUUCUUCCACAAUCUGCUGUUACCUUUGAGUCGGCCCAGAAUGAGGAGGAAGACAUUGAAAACAGUGAAGACCGGCGAGCCUCCAGUUCAACAAUCGCUCUGGAUGAACCUCUGCCAUCCCUCAGCCGGAGCCUUUCAGACACCGAACUGGACGUCUACUUGCAUCACACAGUGUCACCCAGGCGACCCAGCUGGAGUUGAUCAGUCCAAGCAUCCAUAAACUUGAGGAAAAACUAGUGAUGGAUCCUUUCCAGCCACAAACGACUUCUCACUUCCACAGAAAAGAGACAUCAGGACUUCGCAACAGCAUAAACACAACACAUAAAAAACUCUGUUUCUUCACUCUGUGCCUCUUUGACUUUAAUUUUAAAGUCAACACCAACGUGCAAAAUCACUGUAAAUCCCUUUAUUAUUAUUAACAAAUUAGUUUGUUUUAAAAUCACUGAACUGCUGUGCUGAUAUACAGCAAAACACUAUGAAGCUGCUUCCUUUCCUGUUGUUGUGCACUUUGUUCUCUUCUCUUUUGCUUUUACUUUUGGAUUUUCCAUGAACUUCUCAGCGGCUGGAUCCCUGAGGAUGCAAACUGUCUUACCAGGUUUUUGUUGGCUGUAAUUUUCGAAUCGUGUAUUUAUACCGAGCUGUGUUUGGUGAUCAUUCUGGUUGAAACUAAAAGUAUGAAAAACAUGUUUUCAUGAUACCGUGCUGUACUCAUUUGGACAACAUGUCUAAAAAUCCCACUACUAUAGAAGGGAAGUAGACUUUUCUUUGGUUCUUGAAGACGUUUCAGUUUCAUCCAAGAGGAUUUUGUCAGUUAAGUGAGCAAAAAGAUCUGUAAUAAACAACACAACACCAUAUUUUCAUAACAAAUUUAGAAUGAUAUGGCAAUUUGAUGCACUUUUUAAUAACAAUCUCAACACAGAACUGGGUCUUCAAGGAUAAAACACCCAAACACAAUCUAUGUAAUGUUGUAUCUGCAGUCCAAGACAUCCAGGACUAUCUGUAGAGAGACUUAACAGCACAGUCGAACCAGAGAACCAGUUCAUCUGGACAAGACUCAACACCUCAAAUGCAUCCAAAAGAAUAAGAAACACUCAUUUAGGAGAACAAUGUCGACAUUCUGGACAGACAAGACAAAUGGUUCAAGAGAAAGAAAAAAAAAUGUAAUUCAGAUUAUAUUAAUUGCAUUUUUUUGCGACUGUCAUGUCAAAUUUUCAUUUUUCGGACAAAGUACCCACAAAACGAGAUUCCAAGUAGUUCAUCUGUACUCUGUUUGUUGGUAGCUAGCAAAUGUUAGCAUGCUAAUGUGUUAAACUAAGCUGGAUUUGAUAAAUCUGCAUGCUAGCAUGCUAAAAUUAGCAUCGAGCUCAAACCACUAUACAGAGUCACAGAGCUGCUGCAGAACAUUUUCAACAUUUUCUUGUUUCAAUUACACAUUUUUCUUGCAAUUAAUAUUAUUAAAAUUUGCCUUUUUCUUGUGCCAACACAUGCAGUUAGGUUGUACAAAAUCUGUGUAUCUCAUUAACACAAUAAUCAUUGUGGUUAUAACCUGAUGAUAUUAAUACUAGUGUUGUUAAAACAAGAAAAUGAGAGGACUGUCUUGGCUAAUUUGGCUGGUUUAAGUGGUCUGAAUGAGUUUUAUUAUGCACUUGGAAUAAGACGCUGCAGGAUGUAAAGUCACUGCAUUUAAAUUUUUUAUCUUUAAUUGGAUUGAAUUAAAUUAAUGACGGUUACAAACUGGAAGGUUGGAGGUUUAAAGAAAUAACCAUAGUGUGUGUUUUUCUGUCUGCUUUUUGUCCAUAUGCCUUAAAAAGUUUUAAAAUCUGUCCUUUCAUGUGAUUCAUAGGCCUACAGUUGUAAUAUAGCAAUACUUUGAACUUGUAUCUGGGAAAUAAAUUAAUAUUUAAUGCAUUUA